UAUAAGAACCAUCCCUGUCAUGAGGACUAACCCACUGGACCAACCUAUGGGGAAGUGUCAAAACAAACUGGGGACUUCUGCUGGCUAAACCUUGGAGUUACAGCGACUUUUACGCACGGCUCUGCUCUACAUUCAGCUGUUUUCUACUUAUAAAAUAAGGGAUUGCUUUCCCCCGUGAAACACUUGCCUACCCAUGAUGGCUUUCACUAUGCUGAGGCCGGUGUCGACGCAUCCCUUCUCUUACCCCACUGACCUGACCUUGAUGUCGGACGACGAGGAGGGGAACCGCAGCGAGAGCGACGGCAGCACCGACCAGGGCUACGGCUGCUGCGGGACUCCGGGGUCCGGCGGCGUGGUGCGGCAGCGAAACGCCGCUAACGCCAGGGAGAGAUACCGGACCCAGAACGUCAACACGGCCUUCACGGCGCUGCGGACACUCAUCCCCACGGAGCCGGUGGACAGAAAACUCUCCAAAAUCGAGACGCUGCGCCUGGCGUCCAGCUAUAUCUCACACUUGGCCAACGUGCUGGUGGUCGGGGACGGGAGGGAGGACGGCCAGCCGUGCCUAAGUGCGGUCUACAAGGGGGUGAAGGGGAGUGGAGAAGGCAAACCGCCCCGGACUAUCUGCACAUUCUGCCUCAGCAACCAACGGAAAGGGGUGAAAGACAGACGAGACUGUGUGAAAAUGCAUGGAAGCAGUGUGAGACAAAUAAGUCGUCGAUGAAACUGUCUGACUUGGCGUAGGAUUGGAUCUACUCUUGAGAGCAGCGCUCCACCGACCAUUCCUAGAGUCUAGAAGCAUCUCAGCACCACAACAGUCUUUAGGACUUUGGGAGUUUGGCUCAUUAGUCACUUUACCCAAUAUGAAAUUAAUUACCUAAAGGCACAAUCCAGAAUCCAACUGCAAAUACAAUUUGAACCAGCUUUCACUUUUAAACGAACUUAAAGUUCUUCAAUUUAUGAACUGCCAACAGAUUAUAACUAAAUCUAUGCUAUCAAAGUUUUAUGAUGCUGGUUUAUUUACAUAAAUAAUGUCUUUUUUUUAAUCUAUAGGUCAAACUCAGUCAAAGCAUCAGCAUGACUGCUGGACAGAUAUAUCUAUCAGAGACACAGAGCUGCUUUUGGUGCCUGUCCCCUUAUGUUCUGUAUUGGGCAAGGGACUAAUGAGACAAACCUCCAUAAAAGUUUGCAUCGUUGUUUAAGAUGAAACUAAGAUGAUUUUGGGAAGCUUGGCUCACAAACAGCCUUGUAGCCUACAGCAGAGCAGUUUCAGGAAUGACGUGUGAGCGGACAGACCACUCCAUCCCAAGCUGGUGCCGUGAAGUUGUGUGCAACAGGAGAUUUCUGUGGGACACUAUUUUGUUUGCUUUUUCAUUACAUGUUGUAAUCUACUAAUCUUUUAACUCUAAAUUAAAUUUAUUUUUACAUAGA